CCGGACCCGAGGGCGAGGCGGGCGCGUGUCAAGGCAGACGCUCUUCCCCCAUGCCCAGGUCUCUGCCUUGAAGCCUCGGCCCCUGCAGCCCCCUCGCUCUCCGGCGCAAGAAACCCAACCAUGCAGCCCGAGGCCCUUCUGCACAGCGGCUACUUCCACCCCAUCCUCCGCUCGUGGCAGGCCACGGCCACCGCCUUGGACGCCAGCCACCUCAUCUACCCCAUCUUCAUUACGGACACCCCCGAUGCGGUGGAGCCCAUCGCCAGCCUGCCUGGUCAAGCCCGGUAUGGCGUCAAGAAGCUGGAGGAGCUGCUCCGCCCGCUGGUGGCCGACGGGCUGAAGUGCGUGCUGAUUUUUGGGGUCCCCACCCAUGCCGUCAAGGACGAGUGUGGCUCAGCGGCAGACGCCGAAGACACACCCGUGAUCCAGGCCGUCCGAACCAUCCGUUCUUUGUUCCCCGAGCUGCUGAUCGCCUGCGACGUUUGCCUUUGCCCGUACACCUCGCACGGACACUGCGGUAUCCUUCGGCAGGAUGGCACGCUCCAGAACGAGGCCAGCUGCCGGAGGCUGGCAGAGGUGGCCCUGGCGUAUGCCAAGGCAGGAUGCCACAUUGUGGCCCCCUCGGACAUGAUGGAUGGCCGCAUCCGGGCCAUCAAGGAGGCGCUGGUCUCCAACGACUUGGGCAACAAGGUUUCGGUCCUGAGCUACAGCGCUAAGUUUGCGUCCUGCUUCUACGGGCCUUUCAGAGACGCGGCCCAGUCGAAGCCCGCUUUUGGAGACCGGCGGUGCUACCAACUCCCCCCAGGAUCCAGGGGCUUGGCGCUGCGGGCAGUGGACCGGGACGUGCGUGAGGGAGCCGACCUGCUGAUGGUGAAGCCCGGGAUGCCUUACCUGGACCUCGUGCGGGAAGUGAAGGACAGACAUCCUAAUCAUCCUCUGGCCGUCUACCACGUCUCCGGGGAGUUUGCCAUGUUGUGGCACGGAGCGCAAGCCGGAGCCUUUGACCUGAAGGCGGUGGUCCUGGAGGCCAUGGCCGGGUUCAGGCGAGCAGGGGCCGAUAUCAUCAUCACGUACUACGUGCCGCAGCUCCUGCAGUGGCUGAAGGGUGACCGGGCGUAAGCCCCCCCCCAUCCUUUAGG